AUGCUCCAGGCUUACCAUACGCAUAGCAUCACCCCUGCAGUGAUCCCAGAGGUCAUCAUCGACGCGUUCCGCCACUGUGGGAUUUCAAGCAAGCUGGACGGGACGGAGAACCACCUGGUGAUGUCUCACCUGCGCGCGAGGAGCACCACCGAUGUCUCCGAGGACAUGACCCUCGGGGGGACCACGGGCGACAACACGCGCCUGCUUGGGCAGGCUCUUGAGGAGGAGGAGGAGGAGGAGGAGGAGGAGGAGGAGGAGGAGGAGGAGGAGGAGGAGGAGGAGGAGGAGGAGGAGGAGAUGCAGGCGGAGGGCGUGCGGGAGGUGGCCGUGGCAACCGGCCCGGAGGUGCUGUACCAGGAGACCCCCAACUACCGCGGAGCGGCGGCCGAGGCUGACCGCAUGAUUGAGCCAAGGCAGACGGCUAGGCAUGCCUGGCGAGUGCCAGAACUGGGUGUUAGGGAGCCUGAUGUUAGUGCAGAUGAGGAGGCCGUGACGGAGGGUGGCUAG